UUUUGUAUACCACACCAAAAAUACCAAUACAUACACAAACAACGGAUUUGGUAAAAGUAUAUAUAGAGCAGCUCAGCAGCAUCAUACUCCACAGCUUGAGAGUAAUCUUCCAAUAACAACUCAAAGCUUCUUCAUUUCGCUUCGUCGGUCGAGAGUGAAAUUCAAUGGAAAGGAUUUACAUAGAUAACAAUUCUAAGCUUCAUAAAGUGAUGGCCUUGCGCAGUGGAAUUUCGCCUUUCAGCAACACGCCUGUCGGUGUAUAUAAUCAUACACCGAGAAGUCCUGGUUUUGAUUUGCGAGCAAAUUCAAAUGUUCUGAACAGUUCAGAGAAUCUGGAAUCUCCAAUUGUCAGGUACUACCGUUCUGGAGGAUCGCCGUUGUCUGCAAUUGAGAAUUUGGAUAUUUCGCCAAACACGUUGUUUAAGACUUCGGUCAAGGUGGAGGAGGAUGUGCUUGUUAUGGACGGAAUUUUGGUAGGACCAGUGGCUGCUAGUAGGGUGAGGUCUUCGUCAUCUACAUCUGAUUCUGGUGGUUCAUCGUCUUCGGGAGGUAAAAGCUUUUAUAAGACUGAGAUUUGUCGAUCUUGGGAGGAUUUUGGAACUUGUCGCUAUGGAGCUAAAUGUCAGUUUGCACAUGGAAAGGAAGAGCUGCGUCCAACUCGGUUUUUUAACAAGAGCAAAUCAGAGACCCAGAUUUGCAGGGCAUAUAGUUCAGGAACAUGCUCAUAUGGCUCACAGUGUCGCUUUAGUCAUGAACAGACCAAUUCGCCUGCAUCAGGAACAGAUUCUCCAUUUACUUUAGCGAGUCGAACAGUCUCACAGAACAAUUCGCCUGCAUCAGCAACUGAUUCUCCUAUCCCUGCUUCAAAAACUCAAGCUGUCUUACCUAUCAAGCUAGAGAAAGCCAUGAACUGUGCUGGAAGGAGCCCUUUGACAGCACGAACAAUCUCACAGAACAAUUCACCUGCAUCAUCAAAAGAUUCACCUCUCUGUGCAAUUCCUUCAGAAAUUCUCUUACCUAUGAAGUUAGAGAAAGCCGCUAAGUGUGCUGGAAAGAGCCCUUUGACAACAAGAACAACAAUCACAUUGAACAAUUCACCUGCAUCAUUGGAAGAUUCACCGUUCUCUGUGAUUCCUUCAGAAACUCUUUUACCUGGCAAGCUAGAGGAAUCCAUGAACUGUGCUGGAAAGAGCUUGUCGACAACACAGAUAGUCUCACAACACAAUUCUCCCGCAUCUGCUACAGAUUCACCAGUCAGUAUGAUUCCUUCGAAACCUGGAACUGUCUCACCUAUCAACCUAGAGAAACCCAUGACCUGUGCUGGAAAGACUUCAAUCACUCCAACAGUCUCACCUAUUAAACUACAGAAUGCCAUGGACUGCUCUGAAAGCUUCAUAUUUGCUAACAGUGAUUGGUCUCCGCUGGAUGAUGACAUUGAGGUUGCCUUGCCUUGUUCUUCCUCGGCUGACAAAGCUCUGUCUAGAGAAGAAGUUGAUGCUUAUAUAAACAGGGUUCUCUAUGGUCCUAGUAAGAGGAAGACAUUGCCUGCUUUUGCUGCAAUCUGCCCAAGGUAGAGAAAUCCAUAUUCCCACACAAAUCUCAUUUUCUACAUCUACGAGACAGAUUAAAGAACAUAAAACUUACUGCUGUGUUAUAGUCGCCUUCAAGGAAUUUUUUCCGGUACAGUCUUACCACUUAUCAGCUCUGUACAUCUUAUAUAGACCAUAUAUCACAUAUGAAGUCAGCUAUGCACUUAACUUCGAAAUCAGUGGAUAAAGUGAAUCGAGUAUUAGUGUGGUGCUUGUCCAAGUAAAGCCUGCAUUAGAAUUUCAGAAUAGAACUGCAGAAUCAUGUUGGUCGUUUAAAGGUUUUUGAACUUGUGACAAUCUAUACAGUCGCUCACAUUUGCAUGAAUAUGCAAAUCAAUGAUUUUUCUUUCCUGGAAUAUUAGAUAACUCACCUGGUUGUUUGA